GUAACGAGAUGUCACAAAUCACGAUAUCGCACAGCUCGCUCGACGAGUCGACGCUCCUUCAAUUUUUUUUUGUUCAGACGCGAUAUCAAACACAGUCCUACUAGUCUACUACACUACAGCACUGUGAGUCUGUGAGUGACGGUGUGUAAACCAUCUCUUCUGAAGAUCAAAUUUCUCAGCAGACUUUGAUUUUGCCUUCUCUAAUGGAGUAUCGCAAGAUCAAGGAUCAGGAUGAAGAUGAAGAAUCCGCAGGUGACCUAGAACUUUCACGAGGGAAACCUAAUUCAGCUGGUAUGAUGAACAAUGUAGCUGCUUUGGGAGCUUUAUCUGGUGUAGCACCUCAAUGGAAGCGCAAGUCGAUGGUUACGCUUGCGCUGACUAUACUUACUAGUUCACAAGCUAUACUUAUUGUCUGGUCAAAGAGAGCUGGGAAAUAUGAUUACAGUGUUACAACCGCAAAUUUUUUGGUUGAAACUUUGAAAUGUGCAUUAUCACUCUUAGCCUUGGCAAAAAUCUGGAGAACUGAAGGUGUUACUGAUGACAAUAGGUUAAGCACUACAGUGGAUGAAGUAAUUGUAUAUCCUAUACCAGCAGUGCUUUAUUUGGUUAAGAAUUUGCUCCAGUAUUAUAUCUUUGCAUACGUGGAUGCUCCAGGAUAUCAAAUAUUGAAAAAUCUGAAUAUAAUUAGCACUGGUGUUCUCUAUCGUAUCAUUCUUAAGAAGCGGUUAAGUGAUAUUGAGUGGGCUGCUUUCAUUCUACUGUGUGCUGGGUGCACCACUGCACAGCUCACCUCCAAUUCUGAUCAUGUUCUUCAGACUCCACUUUAUGGUUGGGUCAUGGCCAUUGUCAUGGCUCUUUUGAGUGGGUUUGCUGGGGUCUACACGGAGGCAAUUAUCAAGAAACGUCCCCAAAGAAACAUAAACGUGCAGAACUUCUACUUAUACGUCUUUGGAAUGAUUUUCAAUGCCAUUGCAAUAGUUAUUCAAGAUUUUGAUGAAGUUGCAAAUAAGGGUUUUUUCCAUGGCUACUCGUUCAUUACUGUACUCAUGAUUGUAAACCAUGCACUCAGUGGCAUUGCAGUCUCAAUGGUAAUGAAAUAUGCUGACAAUAUCGUGAAGGUAUAUUCAACUUCGGUGGCAAUGUUGCUGACAGCAAUUGUUUCUGUUUUUCUGUUCGGAUUUCAUCUCUCCCUUGCCUUUUUUCUUGGUGCUACUGUUGUGUCUGUCUCUGUGUAUCUGCAAAAGUUUGGGAAAACGCCAAGGUAGCAGAACGCAGCUAUUCCUCUCUUUACAGUUGGUCCCGUUGUACUUGUAGAAUUUUUGCUAACAAAAUGAGAUAGAUGAUAUUGUGGAAUUCAUAUUGACAAUGUCCUGAGGCUAGUGCUGUCCUGAUUGGUGCUUCCGGUUCUAACAAUUUCUAAGUCGGAGGAAAGGCUAUAGUUUUUCUGGAGCCAGCGUGAUGAUCCUGCUACUACUCCUAGUCCAUGUGAAAGAUAGGUCGCAUAUAGAACUUGACCAUGUUAUAUUGCAUUAAUCUUGUAUGGAUCAUUGUAAAUGUCAAUAUAUACAUAACAUUUGAGCUACUUGUGGUAAUAUCCUGUAAAAGCUGCUGGUACAGGGACAGUCUGCAUGUCCCCUUAUGUGCUGUAUAUGCCAAGGUUGCCUAAUUAGAGUACCUUGUCCAUUGUCCAAGAGAGUAUCUUAAUUAGCAUCUCACUCACUCUCAAAUAUAGUUGUAUGAAAUGGGAUAAUUUUUACAAUUUGACAACUUAGAAAUGACUUUUUUGA